AAAGUGGGAAUCUGUACUGUCAUCAAGUGACUUUCCAAGUGACGUGUAAAUAAAUGUUGUCAUAACCUAAAUAAGUUAUUCGUGAUUUUGUAUUUAUUGCUAUUUGUUUUGCUAAAAUUGUGAUAAAAAUUUGUAAAAAUGGUUAUGAUGACGAUGAUAGCCCGUGUGGCCGAUGGCUUGCCAUUGGCCGCCACAAUGCAAGAAGAUGAACAAUCUGGAAGAAAUAUUGAUGAAUAUCAAAGACAAGCUAAAAUGUUAUUUAGAAAGUUAGGCCCCCAAUCUCCUGCCAGAUGCUCAAUUGAAACAGGACCAUGUUUAUUUCAUUACCUAAUUGAGUAUGAAGUAUGUUAUUUGGUUUUGUGUGAAAAAACCUACUCCAAAAGGUUGGCCUAUUCAUAUUUGGAGGAUAUUGCACAAGAAUUUCACAAACAAUAUGGCAAAAAAGUAAAUGCCGUUACCAGACCUUAUACAUUUAUUGAAUUUGAUACAUACAUUCAAAAGGCCAAAAAAUCAUUCUCAGAUUCAAGGUCUAGAAAAAAUUUAAAUGUUAUUAACAAUCAGUUGCAAGAUGUUCAAAGAAUUAUGGUUCAAAACAUUGAUGAUGUAUUACAGCGAGGAACAGUUUUAUCAGAAUUGGAUACUAAAACACAAAAUUUGUCAAUGCUUACACAAAAAUAUAAAAAAGAUGCUACAUAUUUAAAUACGCAAUCUUUGUACAUCAAAUGUGCUGCUGGUGGUAUUGUCUUAUUAGUGUUCUUCCUGUAUUUCUGGGUUUUGUAAAUAAUUUUAAGAAGUGUAUGGUUGUAUAAGGCAUUUUGCAGGACAUAAUUAAUUGCAGUAUAUAUUCUGGUAAUUGUUAUUUUAUAUAUAUGUUAUGUAUUAAAACUAAGGAACAAAGUA